AUGGACGGGAACGGCGGUGCGGGAGGCCGGCGGGCGCAGCGGCCUCGCCUCGCGGGCUCCCCGGGCCAGGCCCCCGCCCUCUCCCCGGCCCCACCUCGGCUCUGCCGCAGCGGCUCGUCCUCCUCGCGCGGGCGAUCCGUGGCGCAGCGGCUGGCGAGCCCCUUUAUAGGAGCCACGCUGGCCUCUUGGGACGCCCUGGAGGCCAGCGGAUCCGGCGCCCGUUUUCUUGGGCCUGGCACGGCCCUCUGCCCUCUGGCGCUGCUCCACGCGGCUCCCCCUACACCGCUGGCCCACGCGGCUCCCAGCCGGGACGCCGGUCCUUCUCCGGGUGGCGCAGGGCGCCGGCACAAGAGCUUCCAGGCGGCCCCCCAGCGCCAGCCACAUCUCCAGAAGGCCUGCGCCCCAGGAAAGACGCCAAACAGCAGGCGGAAGGGGCUCCCUUGCGUUCAGUGUGCCGGAAUGGACCUGAGAAGGAUGCCCACACCUGUCCAGGCAGUGGAAGUGAAGAACCACCGGCUGAGGAUAGCGGCACACCGGAGCAGAGCCAUCGGGCCACCUUGCGGCGUCUCUUCGAGGCCUAGCGCCGCCUGCAUCCGCUCGUUGCACGCUCGGGUCUCGGGAAGCAGCCCGCACGACGGGCGGACAGGCAGGAGGCGGAGGCGAGAGGAAGACCUCACCGGGGAAGGCGAGGAGAUGCCGUCCUUCCGCUACAGGCCAAGCGGCCGGGCAAGGAGCGGCUGCAGCCAGUGCGAGAAGGCCCUCACGCUCCAGGCCUCCGUGAAGGUGCUGUACGCCUUCGUCGCCGUGCUCGUGCUGGCGGUGGUGGUGCUGGCGGCUUUGGUCUUCAAGAAGGUGAACUCCAUCGCGGAUGACGUCAGCUCGGCCCAGGUGUUCUACCGGAAGAAGAUCGCGUCUGUCCAGGAGAACCUGCAGGAGCUGGACGAGAAAUCUGUGGCCAACUGCUCCUUCUGCCACGACACGGGCCUGCUCGGCCAGGAAAUCGGCAAGCUGCAGGAGGAGCUGGAGGAGGUCCAGAAGAAGCUGCUGGCCCAGGAAGUGCUGCUGGACCGGGCCGGGCAAGCCCACCAGCAGCUGUCCUCCGCGAGCGACAGGAUCGCGGGCGAGGUGGACGGCUGCGUCUCCGCCAUCCAGCAGGUCAACCAGAGCCUGGGCCUCUUCCUGGCCCAGGUGCGAGGCUGGCAAGCGGCCACCGCCGAGCUGGGCCGCUCGCUGAAGGCGCUGUCGCAGGAGCACUUCGACGUGGCGGCCGUCAUGGAGCAGAUGAACUUCACCAUCGGGCAGACCUCGGACUGGGCGCUCGUCAUCCAGAGGAAGACCACCGAAGAGACGCUGACCCUGCAGCGGAUCGUGGCCGAGUGGCAGAACUACACCCGCCUCUUCGGGAGCCUGCGGGCGACGUCCUCCAAGACCAGCGAGGUGGUCAAGAGCAUCCAGUCCAGUCUGGGCAUCGCCUCCCAGCGGAUCGGCCAGAACUCGGAGGGGAUGCACGACCUGGUCCUCCAGGUGAUGAGCCUGCAGCUGCAGCUGGACAACGUCUCCUCCUUCCUGGACGACCACGAGGAGAACAUGCACGACCUGCAGUACCACGCCCGGUACACGCAGAACCGGACCGCCGAGCGCUUCGAGACCUUGGAGGGCCGCAUGGCGUCCCACGAGAUCGAGAUCAACACCAUCUUCACGAACAUCAACGCCACCGACAGCCACGUGCACAGCAUGCUGAAGUACCUGGACGACGUGCGGCUGUCGUGCACGCUGGGCUUCCACGUCCACGCCGAGGAGCUGUACCACCUGAACAAGUCGGUCGGCCUCAUGCUGAGCACCACGGACCUCCUGCGGGAACGCUUCGGCCUGCUGAGCGCCCGGCUGAACUUCGACAUCCGCAACCUCUCCAUGGUCAUGGAGGAGAUGAAGGCCGUCGACACCCGGCACGGGGAGAUCCUGCGGAACGUCACCGUCUUGCGCGGCGUUCCCGGCCCCCCAGGCCCCAGAGGAGUCAGAGGAGACCUCGGCAUAAAGGGUCUUCCUGGAAGCAGAGGACAGAAAGGCGACCCUGGGGGCCUGGGCCCUCCCGGGCCCCAGGGGGCCCGAGGCUCUCCAGGCGUCCCGGGGCCACAGGGCGAAAGAGGCUCUGCGGGCACGAGGGGCCCCCCCGGAUUCAAGGGCACCAAGGGCAACUUUGGGCAAAGUGGGCCCAAAGGCCAGGUGGGGCCGAAGGGGGACGUGGGACCGCCGGGGCCCGAGGGGGUGCCGGGGCCCGCCGGGCCACAGGGGCCACCGGGGAAGCCCGGCAGCCCAGGCAAGCCAGGGCCGCCGGGCCCCAUUGGGCUGACGGGGCCAAAGGGGGACCCCGGGAUCCGAGGUCGGCCGGGGCUUCCGGGCCCCCCGGGGCCCCCAGGAAUGUGA